UGAACACCACAGUAGUUCCUGGAUCCACUAACUGUGUGACCUUGGGCAAAUAACAGCAUGUACCUUACUUACAGAGUUGUUGAGAGGAUUAAGAGAUGCAUAGAAUGAAUUUAGUAGUUCUGCCAUGUUGCAGGAGAGCAUAGCAACAUUAUCGCAAGGCUUGAAGCUUAGCAAGAACAAAUUACAAAAUGGGCAACUGAGAAAUAUGCAAUCUGCUGAUUCUCAUAAAUUACUAUACUAGAUUGUUUGUGCUUUGGAAUCAAAGGCCGGAAGGGAGGAUCUUAUCAAACAUGAAGGCAAGGGGCUUAGGAACGCCGGGCCCUUGCAGGACUGGAACGCCAUCUGCAUAACUUGCUAGAUUGUUUGUUCCCAGGAUACUCCCUAAGAGAAUGGCCUUGUGUAGGGUCGGGGUACAUUGAAGAGGGGAAGACUAGAACUGCUAAGCUUUGACUUGCAUAUCCCUGCUGGCAUGAGUUCCUGCUAUGCUUGUACUUCUUGACCUGCAAAUAAAUACGUGGCGAUCAGAGGGAUGGCACCUCAGUCCUUGAGGCCGAUGGUCCCCUGUCCCAUUAAAUAAUAUAGAGUGUGUUGUGUCUAUUAUAUAGACUGUGUUCUGUCUAUUAAUUCUGUCCGCCCCUUCAGCUGGCUGCCUAGCUGGUCUCGGCAGCACUGGCACAUGGUCAACAUGCAGUAAUUGUUGUCAGUAUUCACACAUCCUGCAGUAUAUUUACAUGAAUAUCCAGGUGGUUUUCCUUUGUGUGAAUUCCUGGGCACUGAGUCACUUUUUUAUGUGCCUUUGGGGCCUGCAGAAUUUAUUCCUCUGGGGUUGUAUUUUCCUGAUUAAAAUGUGAGACAUGAUCCAAAAUUUCAACGCAACAGUCCAUUGACAGCAGUUUCUUUCAACCAUUGCUUAUCUUGGUGUCACACAGGGCUAUCAGACAUCUGAGGUCCUGACGCAGGCAGGUUUCUCACUCAGGUGAAGGCAUCUGAAAACUCCAUACACAGACUAUCUGCCUGCCACUAAUACUCUCCUUUCAGGAAGGCCAAAGAUGCCCUACUUUCAAGUCAUCCUGGGGUUGCAUUUGCCCACAGUCCACAGCUGGCCUCUUCGCACGUGUCCGGAGUUCGGCCGGGGCACUCCAGCCCGGGCAGGGGCGGCAGGAAAAAGGGCCAACGUGCGCCUUUCGAGGGACCAGGCAAAAGCAAGCUCCUGGCGGUCAGAGGGGGUGGGGGCUGAGAUCGAAAACACUGAGAAUCUAGGCUGGAAGCCUGCAGCUGAGUAGGAGCAGCGGGAGAUAAAGGUGGGCAAAGACUUCUUCAUCAAGUCCUGCAGCAUCUGGAGCGCUUGAAGGGCAGCCUCUGAGACUCCCGCCCGGGAAGCUGAGAAGCCGCACAAGGCCCAAGGGCCCGGCUACUUCGGAUUGAUGCCGCAGGUGCCCGGGUCUGAGAGUGACAACUGAAUCUCUGGCUCCAUGGGCCAAGCGUGGGGAUCCGUGUCCAUAAACGUGGACCAUGUUCUCACGGAGUGACGAGCCUGUGGGCCACAGGUGACCCGGGCUCUGAAGUCCACGAGGGGACCCGAGGUCGCCGCGCCGCGCCCACCCGCCUUUCCCUGGCCUGGGGCGUCGGGAGCGGGGUGCGAGAACCGCCGAAGCCUUCAACCGGUCGGCCCUUCCUUGGUUAAAUAAAAGGGGCGGGGCAGGGGAAUGAGGCACCUGCCUGUCCAUCUUGGGGGGACGACUCCGCUUGUCCCUGACACGCCCCAGCCUCCCGCGCAUCCGAGACGCAGAGAUGCAGAGAAGACCUCCGGAAUUCCUAGAGGGGUCGCUGCGACCCCGCACAACGCUCCGCGGGAGCGGGGCUGUGACGCACUUCCGGCUGCGCCGGCCGUUGUGCGCGUCGAGGCGUCCCGGACCCCCGAGCGGCUCUGAUUCACGGAUCCCGUCUAGGAUACCACAUUCCAUUGGUCUUCAUGUCUAUUUAGUAUGCUGUGGUUUAACGUGUAGCCCUAAAGAACCAGAAACCCAAAGGAACCAAUAUUCCUGCCACGCAGAGCCCCAUCUUUAGUGAGGCUGUUGCUGGAGUCUGUAUGAUGACCAAGGUGCUGGGCAUGGCCACAGUUCUGGGCCCUAGGCCUCCACAGGAGCAGGUGGGGCUUGUGAUUGUGAAAGUCGAGGAGGAGGAGAAAGGGAAGUGCCUUCCUAGCCUGGAGAUGUUCCGCCAGCGCUUCAGGCAGUUUGGGUACCAUGACACACCUGGACCCCGGGAGGCCCUGAGCCAGCUCCGGGUGCUUUGCUGUGAGUGGCUGAGGCCCGAGAUCCACACCAAGGAGCAGAUCUUGGAGCUGCUGGUGCUGGAGCAGUUCCUGACCAUCCUGCCCCAGGAGCUCCAGGCCUGGGUGCAGGAGCACUGCCCAGAGAGCGCUGAAGAGGCUGUCACUCUCCUGGAAGAUCUGGAGCGAGAACUGGAUGAGCCAGGACAGCAGAGGUUCUACAUAGCUCUCCUGAAGCUUGCUUUCCUUCUAAUUCUUAAAGUGAGCUGUGCUGAGACCCAGCCAUUCCUGAUUGUCUCUAGGUCUCACCUCCUCCAAAUGAACAGAAACAGGUGUGGGCGAAGAUGUCAUCUUCAGGAACAGCAAAGGAAUCCCUCAGCGGCGUGCAGCCACAGUCUGUGGAGACCAUUCCCAAAUACGAAUCUUGGGGGCCCCUGUACAUCCAAGAGACUGGUGAAGAGCAGGAUUUCACUCCAGAGCUGAGACAGAUUCAAGAUCGUAAAUCGAACACUCAGAAUGAGGCAUCAACAGAUAAGCCAGAAAGUUCUGAAGAAUCUCAUGCAGAAGGAUUCCAAAGGGAUAUUACCCCCAUGAUUACUGCCAAUAAAUGUGAGGCCAGGUUAGAAA